GUAAAUUUCAAAAAGCCAGCAUUCUUGUUCCAUUUUUUAUUACGCUUCAUUUGUCACAUUCUACAUUAUGUUAUCGGAAUUUUGCCCGUCAAAUCAUACAAGUCGUUAUGUAGCUGAUGGAUUUAUAUGGUAUUUCUUUUCAUGGUACAUGAUAACAGCGAAUAUUGUUGGCAUUAUUUUUAGUGGAUUGUGUUUUUUGGUUUUAUUAAAACAUCCACGUGUAUUUGCAUCGACAACACGUGCAUGGUUUAUUACAUUAACAGCCAGUGAUUUCUUUAUCUUAUUAAUUGCUGCGAAUGAUAUGUACGCUGAAGUGAUAUUUACACAUACUUAUCAUGUUAUAUUAGGCAGUAUAUUUGGACGAUGUACAUGUUUAAUUCGUGUUAUAACUAUUGUUUGUUUAUUAUGGACAUCGAAUCUAUUACAGACUGGUCUAUCCAUUGAACGGCUAGCAUCGGUUAUAUCACCAUUGAAAACAAGAAUCAUAUUCACAGGGAGAGCAACACGUUUUACUAUUAGUUUGUUGAUAACAUUUUCAUGUUUAUCUGGUAUUUUGAUUACAAUAGUAUCAUCGAAACCAACUUCAUCGAAUAUUUUUAUGAUAGUCAGUAAUGAUCAUAAUAAUAAUAAUAAUACUGCCAAUAAUAUCACUAAAUAUUCAAUAGACUAUGAAGCAUUAGUUUCAUGUGAACGAAGAAAUUCCACUGAAUUAUUCGGCAAUACACAUGAUAGUAUAGAUUUAACGAAACUUGUUUACAAUGUAGAUUUGAUUCUAUUUCGUGUGAUUCCAUUCAUAACAAUGUUAAUUUCAUCCGCUGUGAUAGCUUCCUUAGUACGUCAUCAACGUCGUAAACGUAAUCGUCUAACGCGUGUUUCAUCAAUUGUUCAAAAACGAAAUCGUUCUAUUGGAUAUAAUCGUGAAAGUCGAGCCUCUUUAUUAUUACUUACAAUGAAUGUGAUAACAUUAUUAACUAAUCCGUUGUUUUUAUUGUUUGAAUUAUUCGAUGGUGAAGGCAGUGAAGGUAGAGCGGCAGCAAAACUUACUGGUGAUUUAUGUAUAUCUUGGACAUUGAGACAAUUCUUUAAUUCAUUAAUUUAUUUUGGCAAUCAAAAUAAUUGGAUAUUGUAUUUAGCGUUCGGUGCGCGUUUUCGUAUUCAUAUUAUCAAUAUGUUAAUGUGUCAAAGUGGCAAACGAAAAAAACAUUGUCUUAAUAAACCUAAAUUAACAAUUUCUGAAAUUCCUCUAGAAGUUAGUACACAUUUAAUUAAUUUAGAUUAUCAAAGAAGUAGCAGUCAGAAUGAUACACUGCAAUUAACUUCAUCAAACAAUAUGUUGAAUUAUAGUUCAGAUGGUGUUUGAACAUUGAACUCAAUGAAUAUUAAAUCGGUUACGACGGGAAACAUUUUAUAUCGACAAGCAUUGAAAUGAUGAAAGAGAUUUUCCGUAAAUAUCAUAAUGGAAAGAAAACAUUUACAAAAUGAACUAAAACACUCAGGCAACCUUUUUUUUGAUAAGAGAAGGUUUGACACAGUAAUCAUUGUUUUUUUGGUCAGUCACAACAUCCACAAGUACUGUUCAUUUAUGACAUUUAUGAGCACAGAAAUAGAGUAAUGAACAUUCCAGUUGAUCAAUGUAACGUUCAUGAUUUUGUGAAUGUAUGUUAAUCAAUACAUAAUAAUGAUGAUAAAAAUCGGGUUAACAGUACUACUUUUGCAAAGUGUUUAAAAAAUUGUCUUGACAACUACUGUUGAAUUAUAU